AUGAGGAAGUGGUCGGAUGAGAGGUCCGGAAAUCCUGUGAGCGGUCCACAGGAUUUCCUCUCCAGGAAAUCCUGUGUGAGAGUGAUGGGGAGCAGAAGACGCGAAAUUUUAGAAGACAACGCAGCGUUCGCGUGGUACGCGGAGGGCAGCAACGUGUGUCCCGUGAGGAUCAACAGCGACGGCGUCGGUCUGCUGAAGCUGUGGCAGCAACAGCUGCGUCAGUUCACCAACGUCGGUCUGGAGACCGCGCAGGCCAUUGCUCGGGCCUACCCUGCACCCAGGCUUCUUAUUCAGGCAUACGAAGGCCUCCCCGCGGCCGAGGCAGCGCAGUUGCUCGCCGACAUCGCCGUGGUGCGAGGCGCGGGCCCCUGCAUGACUACACGCAAGCUGGGCAAGGAGCUCAGCAAGAAGAUCUACACGUUCUUCACGUCAUCGCAGCCUUGCCAAGCACUUGGCAGCUGAGGGC